AUGGUUUCUCUUGAAGAAUCUCGCUCGAAUUCGAAUCGUUUUCCUUUACCGCGAAGCUAUCAGUUUCAUAAUCAUUCAUCUGUUUCCUCAAAAUCGCAGCGGAAUAUUGGAAGAUCCAUGCGUACAAGAAGAUCUAGCAUCUUUGAUGAAGAUAACAGUAGUUGCACGUUUACCGAGAGAUCAACGUGUGUAUCGGAGAAUUUAACCGAUUCCGUCGUCGACCUCCGUCUCGGUGAGCUUGCUUCCCGGAAUAUUAAAUCCGGUAGGUCGUCUACGACUGAGCAGGACCUUCUUGAUCUUUCACAGGCUUUCAGUGAGUAUUCUGCUUGUAGUAGUGAUAUUUCCGGUGAGCUUCAGCGGUUGGCGACUCUGCCGUCGCCGGAGUGUAAUCUGAAGAGUGAUGGUGGAGGUGUUGGUGAGGAGGAAGUUGAGCCAGAGCCUUGCAUGGGGUUUUUGCAGAGGGAGAAUUUCUCGACGGAGAUUAUUGAGAGUAUUUCGCCGGAGGAUCUUCAGCCGACGGUGAAGCUUUGUAUUGAUGGUUUACAGUCUUCGUCGGUGGCGGUGAAACGUUCGGCAGCCGCGAAACUGAGGCUGCUUGCUAAGAAUAGGGCUGAUAAUAGAGUUCUGAUUGGUGAGUCCGGUGCGGUGCCUUUUCUGGUUCCUCUGCUUCGAUGUACUGAUCCAUGGACGCAAGAACACGCAGUAACAGCGCUUUUGAAUCUAUCACUUCACGAGGAUAACAAAAAGCUGAUAUUCAAUGCAGGAGCUGUGAAAUCGUUGAUUUAUGUGUUGAAAACAGGGACGGAAACUUCGAAGCAGAACGCGGCCUGUGCGCUUCUGAGCUUAGCUUUGGUGGAAGAGAAUAAGAGCUCAAUCGGUGCUUCAGGUGCGAUUCCGCCAUUGGUUUCGCUUCUGCUGAAUGGUUCCAACAGAGGGAAGAAAGACGCUCUGACGACGCUGUACAAGCUUUGUUCUGUUAAGCAGAACAAGGAGAGAGCGGUGAGUGCUGGCGUGGUGAAGCCGCUUGUGGAGCUGGUGGCGGAGCAAGGGAAUGGUAUGAUGGAGAAAGCAAUGGUGGUGUUGAAUAGCUUAGCGGGGAUUGAAGAAGGGAAGGAAGCCAUUGUGGAAGAAGGUGGAAUAGCGGCACUUGUGGAAGCCAUUGAAGAUGGGUCUGUGAAAGGAAAAGAAUUUGCUGUUUUAACUCUUCUCCAGCUUUGUGCCGACAAUGUUACAAACAGAGGGUUACUUGUUAGAGAGGGUGGGAUUCCUCCCCUUGUAGCUCUUUCCCAGAAUGGAACUCCUCGAGCUAAGCAUAAGGCUGAGACACUGCUUCGAUAUUUGAGAGAAUCAAGACAAGAAGCAUCAACUUCAACUUCUUAG